AUGGCCGACUAUUCAUACCCGAAUAUCCUUUCAAGACCAAGUACUGCUAGCACUUUAGUCAACAAGAUCUCGCGGCCAGCAGGUUAUCGACCACAACACCAACAUGAAGAUUCUGAAUCAACUCUCCACGGCGAAGAUGUACAGUUCAAUUUUUCAACAAAAUUCGAACAAAAUGAUAUUGAUACCAGUUAUCAUUCUCCAGAGAUCAUUGUGGAUGAGAGAACCAUAGCUCGUCUCUCUAGACAACCACCACCGGGUCAAUAUGGAGGUGUCACAAGCAGACCGACUUCAGCCUCCUCGAUAUGGCUUCCCUUUCUUCUUGUGCUGAUCCCCAAUAUCGCUUGUCCAGCUGUGUUACUCGGCUUGAUCUUUGUCUACAGAUUCCAACCACAGGACGACAUCUUUGCCCAAUAUCGAUCGAUAACACAGCAGUUUCCGGGAUACAUUCUUGUCACCAUCUCAGCUACGAGACUAGCCAUCAUCUCUUCCAUUGCUUCCACUUUGGCUCCCUUCUUGACGUCGUUCAUCAUGGGAGUUUGGAAAGUUCACGUUGUUGGUAAGAUUCGACGACAAUCGAGAACGAUGGGGAACAGUGAAUCCUCCGUCUCUGAUACCCCACAGCUCAGUCUUCUGAUUAGCCUCCUUGCUGCAUCAAUGGGAGGACUGGUCAGCUAUUUACGGGACUGCCGGCCCUGGUUCUUUGGUGGACGAUCAAAUCAAAAGAGACAAACCAUUACCCGACAAAUUCACUCCUCGGCAUCGAUUUUCUCACUGAGCAUUUUACUGGUUAUCAGCAUGUUCAUUGCAGACACAAUCUUUCAUACAUAUACGGAUGCUGUCAGUAUCCUGGAAGUCAGACCUUCAUCGACAACCACGCCUCUUGGUCAUCGCUUGAUUGACAAAUGCGAGAAUUUUGAUCGGUCCCAGAACUUAUGUCUCCCAUGCACGUGGGACGCCUUCGGCUCAACGACGGAAUUCCAGCAACUAACCAACUCUGUCUACCAAGUACGAACCAACAUCUCGCAAACCUCGCAAAUUCAGAGCGUCGGGUCAGGGCUGUCCAUCCUCCUACCAAGCGCAGCCCGGCUCCCCAACGCGACAGAGUACCGAGCCAAAACCAUCGGCGUAUCAACACAGUGCCAACCAAUCACCAAAUCAUGCAAUCCAAUCUUGACCACCGACGCCUACACCCAAUUCAACUGUUCAGACUCGUUCCGUGGAAUCAUCAACAAAGCCCCCGUCAAACCCGAAAACUCAUCCUUCACCAUCGCCGACCCCGACACACCACCCUUGAACCUCAAACCAAGCGCAUACCUCCAACUGGGAAUGUUCGAAGACAGUGCCUUAUCCACCCCGUACAACCCCGUCAACUACAAUACAAGCUCCGAAGGCUGGGCUAUGGCAUUCGGCACGUCGUCCAGCAGCGCCUGCCCCAGCGACGCCUCCCUCCUCUCCACCAUGCACGUCGGCGUCGCCGGCCGCUUCGACCUGACAUCCACACGCGUGGACGUCGACCUCCUCAACGACACAGGUCUGUUCUCCACCGGCGCCACCCCGUACUACAUGGACUUCAUGUUCGGCUGCACGGUCUCGGCCGUGGAAGUCGAGUACAUCUGGGCAGAGAACACGGUGUGCAGCACCAUCUCCACCGCCGUCAACGGCUCCCUCCUCGACAUGUACGUCGGCCAGCUGCAGUACUACACCAACUCGCCGGGCAACGACUGGACCAACGACAUCCUGCAGAUGGCGCUGCAGGACGACAGCGCCGCCAUGGCCGACACGUGGGCCAACCUGUUCGGGAACCGCGUGCUGAGCGUCAUCGGCGGCUAUUCCGUGCUGAGCGACAGUCUCGCGCAGCAGACGCGCCGUGAUGCCCUCGUCGCAAAGGUUCCCGUGGGCCCACUGGCGUUCCUCGUCGCCUGUAGUGCGGCGUACAGUAUGUUGGUGCUGAUCAUUGCGGUCGAUGGCUGGAGGGUCGCGCGGAGGGAUCCCGGCGUCUAUGGCUAUGCGAAGGAACUGGAUUUCACGACGCAGUUGGGCAAGAGUCUGGGAAGAUCCGAGACGGACUUUUCGGCUAACGCUAGUGGAAGUGGCCUGACUUCGAGAGCCGAUGCUGCUCGCCAUAAUCCUGUGGCGGAUCUUCACCAUGUCUACGGUCAUGAGAGGAGUUAUGCCGGGAGUAAGGAGUCGAUCCCCGCCGCGACAAGCCUGAAUCAUGGUGGUGGUGGCGGUGGUGAUGAAUCGAGCAUUUUGAGACAUGCUUCGCAGAGGAAUAAUGGGUCCAUGCCUGCUUGGAUAUAA